CCCGUUUCCCAGGCGUCAGUUGCGGCUUCAAUGGCGCGUUCCUGUUUACUGCUCGCACCGGAGCCGGCGGAGCGCGUUGCUGCUGGCGCGGCCCCGCUGAGCGGCGGCGGCCGCCGCCCGGGGCCCCGGGGUUGAUGGGCGGCGGGAUGGGUGAAGGCGGCGAGGCAGCGGCGGAGGUGGGCCCUGGGGCCUGGGGCUGGGGCUUGGGCGCUGGUCGCCUGGCGCUGCUGACGGCGGCCGCCGUGCUGUUGCCCGUGCUGCUGAGCUGGUGGUUGGGCGGGAGACGGGGGCGGCCCGGGGCGCCGGUGGGCCCGAGCCCGGGCCCGGGCGGACACCGCUGGCUUUACUCGGACCUUUUCGGCCGUCCCACCUACUGCAGCGAGUGCGGGCAGGCCGCGCUGCGGGGCUGCUACUGCGACAGCUGCGGAGCCUGCGUGCACCCGGCCUGCCAGGCAGCGGCCGAGCGCCGGCUGCGCUGCAAACAGCGGCUGAGCGCGGCCCGUGGUCCCCCUCGCCACCACUGGCUCCGCGGCAACCUUCCACUCUGCAACCGCUGCGCCGUCUGCGGCCUGCAGUGCGGCUCCCGGCCCUGCCUCUGCGACCAGCGCUGCAUUUGGUGCCAACAGGUCGCCCACGACGACUGCCUGGUCAGGGUGCCCCCCGCCUGCCCCCUCGGACCGCUGCCCCGCGCCGUCGUCCCCCCGCAGUACCUGCACUCGGUGAACCGCAGGCCCCGGGAGCCCACCGACCCGGCGCAGUACAUCUUCACCAGUGUGGAGAACUGGAGCCCAGUGCUGGUCCUCGGCAACAGUCGCAGUGGGAACAACAUGGCCCAGAGUUUGAUGGGUGAAUUCCGCACUAUCCUCAACCCUGUGCAGGUGCUUGAUCUUGGAACUGUGACUCCGUACAAGGCUCUGCAGCUCUGCACCGUCCUACCCAGCCACUCUGCCUGCGUGCUCGUGUGCGGUGGUGACGGAACUGUUGGCUGGGUCCUGGAUGCCAUCGACGAGAUGAAACACAAGGGGCAGGAGCAGUACACCCCACGCGUGGCCAUUCUGCCGCUGGGCACCGGGAACGACCUGUCUCGCAUGCUGGGCUGGGGUGCCGGUUACACUGGUGAUCAGACGGCUGAAGGGAUCCUGCGUCAUGUUCUGGAGGGAGAAGCGGUGAAGCUGGAUCGCUGGAGAGUGCGGAUUACUAAGGGGUUCUACAGCUUCCACCGACCCAAGGUCUUCUCCAUGAACAAUUACUUCUCCAUUGGGCCCGAUGCCCUCAUGGCCUUGAACUUCCACGAGCGUCGGCUGCAGAGCCCCUCUCUAUUUUCCAGCAGGAUCCUUAACAAGGCUGUAUACUUCUUCUAUGGGACCAGAGACUGCCUGAUUCAGACAUGCAAGGACCUGGACAAGAAGAUAGAGGUGGAGCUGGAUGGUGAGCAGAUUUCACUGCCGAAGCUGGAGGGAGUCAUUGUCCUGAACAUCGCCUACUGGGGUGGAGGCUGCCGUCUUUGGGAAGGAACAGGGAGUGAAUUGUAUCCCCCAGCCAGCCACAAUGAUAGCCUGUUGGAAGUGGUGGGAGUGUACGGUUCCUUCCAUUGUGCUCAGAUCCACGUUGGACUGGCCAACCCUGUGCGCCUGGGGCAGGCGCACACAGUCAAGCUGACCUUGAAGAGUUCUGUGAUGCCAAUGCAGGUGGACGGUGAGCCCUGGGUCCAGGGACCAUGCACGAUCCUCAUCAGUCACAAGACCCAGGCAUUGAUGGUUCAAGCCUCAGCUGCGGUGGCAGAGACCAAUGGCGAGCCCGAGGGCAGAGAGGCGUCUCAGCACCCAGGGUAGCUGGAGG